CAGCCAUGGCACACGACCCGAGCACCCCAUGGCCCUGCUGCCUGUGUCCUCAGGCGCAAAACUCACCCCUGGCAGCUCCGAGACCUGGAGGGCUCUAGGCAGAGGCAGGGGCUCGGAGCUGUGCUGGAGGGACCAGCAGAGCCCAGCUCCAGGCAUUCCGGAGACAGACACGGCCCCGCCGCCUGCCCCAGUUCCACCCCUCGGGCCGUGCCCAGCGCUUCCCGGGAGCAUCCCCCCGGAGCCCCCGCCGUGGGGCACCCGCUGCGCUGCGCUCCCCGCCUCCCGUGCCCGGAGAACCGCGGAUCCCGCAGCUCUGAGACCCGCUGACAGACCUGUUGGAGAUGCUGAAAGAAAACAAGCCCGGAAGGAAGGACGGGACCUGCCGGCUCUUGGGGCACUCGAGGGCAAUGGCAUCAGGGAAGUUGCCCAAGGCCGGUCCAGCCCGUUGGGGUGGGUCACCUGUGCAUGCACCUGCUCUGCAUCUGCCAGGGGGCUUCAUCCCACAGCACUCCAACCCCUCCUGCUUCCACCUCCAGCGCAGCCGAGGAAUCCGGAUCUCCACUCCCCAGCUUGGGCAUGUGAGCGCUUGCCGCAGCCGUCGAGCCGCCCAGGGAAUGGUCCUGCUCCAGGACACUUGGGUUGAACCGGAGAUUCCCCUGGCAUGAGUCAGUGGCACACAACCCCGGCCUCAUCCGGAGCCGCUGCCGGGGCGAUGUUAACAAAGCCUGCAGGAACAGGUAACCCCUGCUCUGUGCGGGAGCAGCGGAAGGUGCUGUGGCCACCCUGGCUCGGAUCCAUGCAGACCUGCAGCUUUGGCUGUUGGAAGAAGCCACAUUCAGUGUCUGACUCUGCUGGAAGGUACAAACUGUCCCAUACAAACCGUCUGCGAACAGAGGAGCAGGGAGAGGACAUUGAUGUUUUCCUGUGUCACAGUGAGCCCCACCGCAGCCACCCGUGCUUCCUAGUGGGGGGACAUGGGUGACGGUGACAAUCACAUCCCCACUGCUUUGGAUGGUGGGGAGAGACAUGGGGGUAUGACAAACCUGGGGUAGCACCACAGGGCUGUAAAGAGCAUCCCACUAGUGCAAGUGGUGCCGAAUGAGCAGCCCCUGCACGGCUGUCGCUCUUCCCACCCGGCUGUAACAGGUCUCGGAAUUUGCCUGCUUUGGAAUUUGCUGUUUUGGAAUUGCCUCGUGUGCCAGGUUAGCAGGAGGCUCAGUUUGGAGCAGGUUGAGUCCCACAGCAUUGCUGCUGGCUCUGGAGGCUCUCACGGCAUUCCCAGCCAUGCCAGGACUGCGGCUGGGUGGGAAAGCACGUUGGACUCAGCCAGACAGAGCCUGCGGGCCCGGCUCCGGCCGAGCCAAGGCUUUCAUCUGUGUGAGCGGCCAGUGGGCAAGCACAAAAAGAGCGAGCAGCCACACGUCCCGUGUUGCUUUUGAUAAUGAUGUAGCUGAGCAGAUCCCAGGGAUGUGAAUGUUUGUGUCAGAGUAAACAGGGCUCGCUCCCAGAAUGAGGGUCUUUCUGGAAUCAGCCGUAGAAUGGUUUGUAUUGGAAGGGACCUUAAAGCUUGUCUUGUUCCAACCCCCUGCCACAGGCAGGGGCACCUUCCAUUAGAGCAGGUUGCUCCAAGCCCCUGUGUCCAACCUGGCCUUGAACACGAUGCUGAUGUGGUGGCAGGGGGGUGAUGUCCCCCAAAGAGGGGCAGAAACGGUGCUGGGGUGUCCCAUCCAGGUUGCAGUUGGUGCUGGCUGAUGCCUGGUGCCCACGGGGCAGAAUCCCUUUGGCAGUGGGGCAGGAGAGCUCAGGGCACCCUCCAGGAGUGGGGCCCAGGCUGCCGUGGGGCUGAGGUGUGGGACCCGUGGGGCCCCGUGCGAGGUGAGCUCCCUUCGCUGAUGCUCCUGUCUGUGGGUAUUAGUGCUGAGUGUCCUCCCCCCACAUACCUGUGUUAUUAAAUAGCUCUUGGA